GCGUUGAUUUUCUAACUCACCUGCCAUUCAUCAAGCACAAAGGGAAAACACCUGUAGAGGUGUGUGGUGUGUUUGUAGGUGCUUCCUUCAAAUCAUCUCCACAUGAACUAUGAACAGUAAAAAUCAGACAUGGAUUGCUUGACUCUGAUUCUGCUCUUCCUUGGAUUCAGCCUCCACUCCUGCUCUCGAUUCCCCCCCCGUAAGUACUACUACGUUAACUCGGCCAUGAACUGGGCUGAUGCUCAGCUUUACUGCAGAGAGAAAUACUCUGACCUGGCGACCAUUACAAGCAUGGAUGAUGUAAGCAGGCUACAACCUGAUUUCAGCUAUUCAUUGGCAUGGAUCGGACUGGCAGAUGACCCCAAAUCCUGGAGGGAUAGCAUGGGCAAUGAUUCCAACUCGUGGAGAUCGUCAGCGACUGGUGAAACAAGCAAAACCGGUUACAAGAAGUGGUCUGUAAACAAUCCAUCAAGUACAAAUGGAAAUGAAAACUGUGUGCAAAUGUACUCUGAUGGAACAUGGAAUGAUGCUCCCUGUGGCUUAUACCUAAGUUUUGUUUGUUACUAUGUUACAAAUGAAAAUAAGAAAACGUAUGUGUUCGUCCCAACUUUGAAAACGUGGACCAGUGCCCGUGACUACUGCAGAAAAUACUACACAGACUUACCAAUGAUCGAGAACAAUGUGGAAAACACGGAGGUCUUUUCUGCAAAACCAGCCAAUGCUGACCCUUGGAUUGGUUUGUACCGAGUGCCGUGGACUUGGUCCGACAAAACCCAAAGCUCCUUCACAAACUGGCUACCUGGCGACCCAGAUAACAAUGGUGGUAACCUCCACUGUAGUGUUGAGAACCCUUUCCAUAAAUGGAAUGACAUUACGUGUUCAACCAAAUUCCCUUUCAUCUGUCAUCAAGUUUUAAAAUUGAAGACCACUGUGAGGAUGACGUUAAAGACUAGAGCUGACUUAACAGAUCCAGCUACCAACUCCCAGAUCCUCCAACAGCUGGAAGCAGAGCUAAAAAGACGUGGCUGGACUGACUUCAAGCUGCGAUGGAUGAUCCAGCCCAAAAAAUUGGAGAAUGCGAAACUCACAGAACCGCCAAGCUUUUAAAGAGCCCCUGUUAUACUCCAUUUCAUAUUCAUAUUUGUACUCUACUAGAAUAGGGUUUACCUGCUUUGAUGUUCUAAUAACAUACAGUAUGUUUCUCAUACUUCCCAUUGCUUCAGCACCUUCUACUGAAACAGUCCGUUGGCGCUCUUGGCCCACCUUCCUGAAAAGCGCAGUCUUCUCUGAUUGGUCAGCGGCACUCGGUUGUGAUUGGUCAACCAAACUCAAACAAGCCACUGGGCAGGUUGUGUUUGCUCAGGCAGCACCUCUGGGCAGCACAUCUGAAAAACUGAGCUGGCUUUGUCAAUCAAUGACAUCACUAAUUGCAGAACUUCAAACAGGAAUGUGGGCAAGCUGUUUUUAGGCAGUUA